AAGCUCCAAGAGUUCUGGCAGUCUGCAGAGCCACUACUCCACAGAACUCUAUCUCAGCCAUGGCUGUGGGUGAACUGAUCGCUGCGCUGGUUCUGCUCCAAAGCUCUGCAGGUUCAAUGGGAGCUGCAGUAGGGAGCUCCAUCAUUGGUGGGGAGGAGGCCCCAGAGGGAAAGUGGCCAUGGUUAGUCUACCUUGACAUCGUGACAGACAGUGGGAAGAGAAAGUGGCACUGCAGUGGCACAAUUCUCAAUGAGAUGUGGGUGCUGACUGCUGGGCGCUGCUGGGAUGAUGAAUUGUGGUCUAGAUGGGAUCGAACAGGGGUGUGGAUCGGCACGCAUGAUCUGGAUAUGCCGUCAAAGCGUUACAUGAACGUAGACCGCAUUCAACGUUCAGGAGAUUUCAAACCUGAGGGAAAGGGUUUCGUCAAUGACAUUGCACUGAUAAAGUUGAACAAGACUUUAAACUUCUUCAAGGAAGGUGCAAAAGUGAAGUUGCCCACAGAUGAUGACACCUUCGACGCAUCCUCUGAGUGUUGGAUUGCCGGUUGGGGCGGUGAUAGCAAAAGCGAACCGACAACAGCCCGAGUUCUUCAGCAGGCAAAGAUUUCCAUCCUGCCUCAGGAAAAGUGUAAUAGCCUAUUUCCCAAUACAAUGGAACAGAGAAACGUGAUGUGUGCAGGGGAUGCUAAAGGACAAAAGAGUGCCUGUGAUGGGGACUAUGGUGACCCGCUCAUGUGUCGUAGAGGAAAUGACUUUGUGCAGGUGGGAAUCAUGAGCUUUGGGACUCCUGAUGGUUGUAACAAACCAGAUGGUCCUAGCAUCUACACUCGAGUUUCCAGUUAUAUGGGAUUCAUCAAAGCCUACAUAAACAUCCGCUGAAGAAUUAGUUUAGGCCUAAAAUUCUAAGAAGCUAUAAAAAAAAAUCUGAAGCCUUUUCUAGCCAGCGGAGGUCCUGCCUCAACCUAAAACCUGCUUUCUCAGCUUGUCUCCUCUCCAAUCAGCCCUUACUGCUCAUCCACUCUGUGUCUAACAUGGAACCACACUGCAUUAAAGCUUUGAAGCAUCA